UCUUCCCUUCUCUCUUCCCUUUCUCUCUGAUCCACCGCCGCCGCCGCGCCUCCCCCUCUGAUCCACCGCUGCCGCCGCCGCCGCCCAUAGCCGCCGUCGUCGCGCUGCCCGACUCCACCUCAGUCAUCCCGCGCCGCCCACUCCACCGCCUUGCCGCUGCCGUUCCAAACUUGUGGAGCGAAUCAGAGAUGGUCACGUACAGCUGAAUUUUCUCUCCCAAAUUUGAUGGUCACGUGUGUGUAUUAAAACUAUUUUGUCUUUACAGGAAUGUGAUUAUCUCAGGGUACCAAAACUGGAAAGAAAUUUUGUGCAUCUGGUAAAGUAAGUCUGACCUUUCUGUGAAAAUUUUCAAGGUGCACUUCAGCCUUGCUGAGAACAGCCGGUGUCUUUGCUGAAACUGCAUGGGCAGGUAUAUUAUGGAUGACCAUUCGGACUACAAUGACUUAAAUGAUGAAAUUAGGAAUGACAUGCCUGGUGAAUUGGGAGAUGACUUAUUGAAUAUGGAUGAUGAUCCAAUAGAUUACAUCAACUUCAGUGAUGAUGAAAUUAUAGAAGAGAUGCCUACUCAUUUAGGAGAUGACAUAUCGAAUGAUUUAAUUGAUAACAUUCCAAAUGUCGUUCCCUUGACACCGACAAAGAAUUCUAAUAUUUUUAUUGAGGUUGGAAUGGAAUUUUCCGAACAAAAGGGUGUAGUGGACUUGUAUACAGCAUAUAGCAAGGUAAAAGGUUUCAGAAUUCGAAUACGAACAAGGAGGGACAACUUCGUCAAGCUAGUUUGUGCUAGACAGGGUCAUCCACCAAAAAAAAAUGAUAAAGAUGUUGCUCAAGUUUGUCAGACCAAAUUAAAGAAGACAUCAUCAUUACGAAUUGGGUGUGAAGCUAGUGUAAAUGCUUAUAAGAGUGUAAACACAAAAAUGUGGAGAAUUACACUAUUUGACGACAACCAUAAUCAUGAUCUUGUGACUCCAAAGAGUGUUCGUUAUCUCAGAUCACACAGAAAAAUGUCUAAUGCUGCAAGAUCGUUGAUUGAACACUUUAGUGAUGCAAGCUUGCCCACAGGAAAAGUGGCUACCAUCUUCAAAGGCGAUGAGUUAUCAUUUGAUAGUCGAGAUUGUUAUAACCAUCUAAAAAGUGUGAGGAGAAGAAUAUAUAACACAGGAGAUGCACAAGCUCUGUUAAACUAUUGUGCUAAACAACAAUCAUUGAAUCCAAAUUUCUUUUAUUCCAUUAAAUGUGACGAUGAAGAUCGCAUGGAAAGCUUUUUUUGGAUUGAUGCAAGGUCCAGGAAAGCUUAUGAGCUUUUUGGUGAUGUCAUCACAUUUGACACGACAUAUAGAACUAAUAAGUAUUCAAUGCCAUUUGGACCUUUUGUUGGUGUAAAUAAUCAUUUACAGUCAAUCUUGUUCGGAUGUGCUUUAUUGAAAGACGAAACAGAAGAUACUUUUAUUUGGCUAUUUAAGGAAUGGCUUCGAGGAAUGAAUGGGAAACAUCCGGGCGCUAUAAUUACUGAUCAGGACAUGUCAAUUACCAAUGCAGUAUCCAAAGUUUUCCCAAACAGCAAGCAUCGAUUUUGUAUGUGGCACAUCACAAAAAAAUUUCCAGAAAAAUUGUCUUAUGUCUAUCAGCAACAUGCCACAUUUAAGAGCGAUUUCAAUAACUGUAUCCAUACAAAAAAGAGCACUCAAGAUUUUGAAGACAAAUGGCAACGUAUUCUUGAUAACUAUGGUCUUCAUGAGAAUGAGUGGUUGCAGUCACUUUAUUCAAUUAAAGCGUCUUGGAUACCAAUCUUUAACAGAUCCAUUUUCUUUGCUGGUAUGAACACCACUCAGCAUAAUGAAAGCAUCAAUUCAUUCUUUGAUGGUUUUGUUACAUCUGGCACAACCUUAAAGGAAUUUGUAGAAAAAUAUAAUCAAGCAGUAGAUGCUCGUUAUGAUUCAUUCAAAAAACAAGACUUUGAAUCUAGGCACAAAGAAAGGCGUUUAACAUUGAAUAUGCCAUUGGAAGAACAUGCAGCUAAGAUUUAUACGCGUGCAAUUUUCACAAAGUUUAGUGAUGUGCUUUCUCAUAAUUUUCGUCUGUCUAAGGAGAAAAUUGGAGAUGAUGCUGAGUGGGUUACUUAUCGAGUUUUUAAUAGGAAAGAGAAGGAUUAUUCUGCAACUGUGAAGAUGAAGUUGGAAAAUAAAGAAGCAAGAUGUUCUUGUCAGUAUUUUGAGUUCAUGGGAAUCCCAUGUGAGCAUAUUAUUUCUAUUUUUUUGGUUGAAAAUGUUGAGCAGAUCCCUGAACAUAUGAUUUUGCGACGCUGGAGCAAAGAAAAAAAUGAUAUAAUUAGUACAAAUAAAUACAUUUGUAAUUUUGAUGGAGAGGGACUCCUUCGCGGCUUUGAAAUACGCUCUAGAGUUUCAAAACUUAUUGAGCUUGCAGAUAGGUCCAACGAAGCAGCUAGAUUCGCUUGUGAUGGUCUUGAUUCUCUCACUGAAUCUUUAGAAAAAUUUCCAAGACCUGAUGAUAGUAUUGGUCUUGAGGAUUUUGAUUCACAUUACUUGAGUUCUCAAGCUGAAGAGUCAUCUAUGAUGAGAUUGAAUGAUCCCAACAUUUCACAAACGAAAGGUCGAAAACGGGAGUCACACAAUAUCUCACAGGGACGUAGAAUUCAUAGUUGGAUUGAAGAAGCAUCAAAGAAUACUGAUAUUUGUGGAAAUUGCAAGAAACGAGGACAUAAUAAGCGUACAUGUAGAGAGAAAAAUUUACAUUGA